GUUUACUAAAGAUUAUAAAAAGUUAUUAAACAUUUGUGGAUAAAUUAUUAAUUUGUGAUUGAAAGUAUGAAUUAUUUUGAACAAAAUAAAUCAGUAAAAUCAAUAGUACUGGAAGAGUAUGGUAGUUAUGACAAAAUUAAUAUAAAAAAUAUGCCGUUAAAUAAUUUGGGACAUGAUGAUAUAUGUGUAUCAGUAGAAUUUUGUGGAGUUAAUUUUUGUGACAUUUUAGUAAGACAAGGCUUUCUAAGAGAAUUAACUACACCUCGUAUACUUGGAUGUGAAUGUGUUGGUACAAUAGAUAAUAUUGGCAAAAAUGUGAAGAAUUUUCAACUUGGUGACCGAGUGUUAUGUUAUGUUUGGACAGGUGGUCUUUUUAGGGAAAAAGUAAUAGUACCUGCUAUAAAUUGCUAUUUAAUUCCAUCUGAUAUUAGUAGUCAAGAUGCUGUGUCAUUACCUGCUAAUUACUUGACUGCUUAUAUAAGUGUUUUUACUAUGGGUAAUUUACAAUCUGGAGACACAAUCCUCAUUCACUCAGCUGCUGGUGGUGUUGGAUGUGCAGCUACUCAAUUAGCGAAAACAGUAAAUAAUGUAACUAUUGUUGGAACUGCAUCAGAAUUUAAACACAACAAGUUAAAAGAAAAUGGUGUACAUUAUACAUUGUCUCAUGAGAACUAUGUUAACCAAGCAAAAGAAAUUACUAAAAAUGGUUUUGACGUUAUAAUUGACAGUAUAGGUGGUGCAAACAUAGAAAUUAGUAAAAAUUUGUUGAAAACUUGUGGUCGUUUAGUUCUUAUAGGCGGAAGUACUUUUAUCCAAGGAGAUACAUUAAAUAUAUUUAAAACACUUUAUACUAAUUGGCAGACAAAAAAUAUUCACCCUCGUAGUGUAAUUGAAUUAAACAUAAGUAUAUCAGGAGUUCAUUUGGGAUUAAUAUUUGAUUCAGAUCCUCAAAAAAUAAAUAGUAUAAUGACAAAAUUAUUCAAAAUGUUGAAAAUGGGUUAUAUAAAACCCAUUAUUUUUGAAACUGUUAAUUUUGAAAACGUAAUUGAAGCUCAGAAACUUUUAGCUGAAAGAAAAAAUUUUGGCAAAGUUAUUUUAGCUUUAAAGAGGUUUGGAAACGUGAGACCACAUCCCUCUAAAGUCCCGUAAGGUCUCGAGUCGGUCAAUCGAAAAAUACAACUCAAAGUCAAAAAUUGAGGGGUAAACACUUCCAAAUUUCUAACAUUUCAGUUUUAAUUUUAGGUACUCUCAAUUUAAGCAAUUUACGAUUAUAAAUUUCUGAAAAAGAACUACAUUAGGAUAAAUUAA